AUGACAGAUAGAUUUAUUUACAUUUAUUUACGCGUCGCUGACUACAACGUACACGUCGGUAAGAUUGCAUACAUCAAUGCUAAUUAUAAUCUGUUGAUACAAAUCGAAGAAACGGUCAUUUCGAGCAAGAUGAAGUUGAAGUCAGAUUUACUGGUGCAACCUUCGGGGGAGUUAUCUAAGAAGAUUAGGGAGGAACUCAAAGAGGAUCCGGCAACAAGAGAUCGCGAUCUCGCCGCUAUCAAGGACUGGCUGCGGAAACAACCUCAUCUACCUGAUGAAUGGGAGGACAUGCCGCUCCUCACAUUCCUCAGAGGAAGUAGUUUCUCAUUGGAGAAAUGCAAACGUAAAUUGGACAUGUACUUCACUAUGAGAGCCGCUUGCCCAGAGUUCUUCACCAAUCGCGAUGCCACCAGCCCAGCUUUGAGAGAAGUCCUGAAAACUAAGCUACAAGGACCAGCGCUGCCUGGUGUAACGCCGAAUGGCAGAAGAGUGACGAUUUGCAGAGGUCUUUAUCCCAGUUUAGAUUCCCAGCAAAUAACGGACACUCUGAAGCUAGCUCUUAUGAUCGGAGAUAUCAGAUUAAUUGAAGAAGUGGAAGGCGUAGCUGGUGACAUUUAUAUUUUAGAUGGAGCUGUUCUUGGUGCGAGUCUGCUGGGAAGAUUAUCUCCAUCAGUUAUUAAGAAGUUCAUGAUUUGUGUUCAGGAAGCAUAUCCAGUAAAACUAAAGGAAGUCCACAUCAUCAACACAUCUCCUACUGUAGAGAGAUUCGUGACCUUCGUGAAGCCAUUCCUUAAAGAGAAGAUACGGAAGAGAAUCUUCAUUCAUAAAGACCUCAAGGACCUAUACAAGUACGUCCCACAAGAAAUGUUGCCGAAGGAGUACGGUGGUCAGUGUGGUACUAUGGACGAAUUGCAGCAAAACUGGACGGACAAGCUGAUAGAGUACCGUGACUGGUUUAAAGCUCAAGACGCUCUGGUCGCUAACGAAAGCCUGAGACCAGGGCGCCCUACUAACUACGACGAAUUAUUCGGAAUUGACGGCUCAUUUAGACAACUGGCCAUUGAUUAA